AUGAAAAAGUUGUUUGGCCACAAGCCAAAGACAGGCAAGUCCGCCCUAGGGUCGAGAGACUUUAGUGAGGACGGCCUCAGGCCACCGAUACCCACCCCACUCUACAACAAACAUGCCACCCACGGGAACCCAAUGGCUGGUCCUCUCAACCAGCCAUUUGCCGGGCACCAUGUCACUGACGAAGAGCUCUGGGAGGUCGUCCAGCCCACCCCUUCCUCCACCGCCGAUUCGCCGCGUAUACCGGGUGUGCAGCCCCCGCCCCCGCCGAGUAUCAAGGCCCCGCCGUCCCGCUCGGGCUCGUUCACCUCCCUGCCGCAGUCUCAUGGAACGGGCGGAAUAUCUGCAUCCGCUGCGCCCCCGCGAUCGGCGUCUCCGAUGAGCACGGUCACGAACACGUCGAAUAAGCUGGUGAAGAACCAUCCAAGUGUGGCGGCAGCUGGGGGAGGGAGCAGGAAGAAGAGUCAGACGUCGGCACCGGUCGCGGUGGGGAUACUAAGGGCGCUCGAGCCCCCGCGCAUGGUGCCGAAUGACCCGCAGAUGAUGAUACCCAGGGCGUCGUCCGAGGAGCGCAGGUCUGUGUCGGAUAAUGGCGAGAGAGAGAAGAAGAAAGGGUUCUGGGGGUCGAAGGAUAAGGAGAGGGAGCGGGAGCGUCUGAAAGAGAUGGAGAGGGAGCAUCAGAUGCGGGAGAUGGCGGUCGCACGCGAACGGGAACGAGAGCGAGAGACUCGACCGCAGGAGUACGAGCGCGGCAGGGAACAGCGGCGAGACGAGGACAGCCAGGCCGAGCUUACGCGCAUGAUUGGCAAGUUGCCAACAUCUGAUGUGUCGCAUUGA